AUGCCGACCCACGGGGACAAGACCCGCGUGUCCGAGGGCGGCACAGAAACAGGCAUACAGCAUCCUCAGCCCACGCUGACAUUUCCCACCACCGGCAUUCAGCAAGAACUCAAUGAGCCUUCCCGAGAGCCACCAGCAGCGCCAGUAGAGCCUGCUCAUCCUCAACCCACGCUGACAGGGCCUGCCGCCAGCACUGAGCAGGAGCCAGCAGAGCCAGAACCUCUUUUAAAGGUUUUGGCGUGGUGCACUGAGCAAGACCUCAAGAAGCGUUCCCGAGAGCCAGCAGAGCCAGAAGAUGCAAAACCGGCCAAAAAACUCAAAAUUCCCUCGCGGGACCCUGCCUAUAUGAGACUGAGGAAAAGACUCUUAAAUGGAAAGUCAGUGACAGCAGAAGACUUCAUCGAUGGUCUUUAUGCAUACGACAACAAGACGCUGUGGACAGGCUUUGCAUUUCAUCAAGCCUUUCGUCAAUGGCGCACUGCUCACUCGAAAAAUUGGGAGGAGAUCAAGAAUGAGAUCACCAAGGAACUAGGCACAGGCUGGGACGCUUGA